AUGAAUGCCGAGGAGGACUCGUUCCCCUUCUCCAUCUGCUUAUGUCGCCCUUGUCUGCAGGGUGAGGGUCAGCCAUUUGCGGAGGUGUCUUACCGGAGGCACUUCCACCAGAUUCUGAGAUGGCCUUGCCAUUCGUUUCCCUUCGAGCUUGCCAGCUCUGGAAAAAUGGAGAUUCAGGUCUUCCUUGCAGAGGACGAGUCUGCUUUCCAGCAGCAAUAUCGGCAAGCAAUGGGCUGCUGCACACUGAACUUGGACACAUUAGUCGAGGUGCAGGGCCUGCAGGAGUUGUGGCUCCCGUUGGGGCGCCAGGCUCGUUCUUUGCGAGUGCUUUUGCAGCGACGUGAACGCUUGGCCUCCUUGGUGUGGGCGAUGUCUGUCACGCAGCAGGAGUUUGAUGAGGUGUUCGACUUGAAGUUCCCGGAUGAAGAGGACAUUCUGGUGAACCGCUGGAGGGCCAAGUAUGAGGAACAGCGCAAGUCUGUGGAUCUCCUAAAGCAAGAGCACGAUGCAGACUUAGCAAAGAUGAACCAGCGAAUCCAGCGGUCCAAAGACAAAACCAAAGCUGUUCUGGAGCUGUCAGGCACCGUGGUUUGGCAGUGCCUGGUAAAUGUGGCCUUUUGUGCAUGGGCUGGGUGGGUGGGAGAGGAGAAGAACCAGCGGCAGUUUGAUCAGCUGGCGGAGGAUUCCAGGCUCUUUCAGGCCCGCAGCGAGGGGGCCAAGGAAGCAGCACUGCAGGAAGUUCGGCAGCUUGAGCAAGAGAAGGAACGUGCUAUUGUUCGAGAGCAGAGCCUUCGCGAGAGCUGGCGCCGAAAGGUCUCAGAGUUGAACAGCAUGAUGCAAAGAGCCGGUCUCGGUUUGGUGACACGUGCUUUCAUGAAGUGGGUGCAAUUCUUGCAGCAGAGGGAGGCGCUGGCAAGAAUGAGCGAGAGGCUACUGGAGCGAGGUAGCAACUAUACCAAGCAGAUGGUCUUCUUAGCCUGGCAGUCGUUCUUGGGAGACUUGGCUUGGUCAGAGCAGACGAAGCAGGUGGAGAUCAAAGAAGCUGCUGCUUUGGAGGCGGUGCGGCAGUCGCUGGGCGCCCUUGACACCGCUGCCGAGCGCCUGGCGCGCUGCGACCGGCUGCACGAAGCGCUGCAGAGCUGGCGAGGGGCGACGCGUCGGCAUCGACGGCGCAUCGCAGGCGUUGUGAACUUCACCGCCAAGCGUGUUGAUACAGCGGCUGCUGGGCUGCUGGGCCUUUUCUUCUUCCGCUGGCAUUCUUCGACCAGCGGCCGCUUUGGAGCCCGGCUUCAGGCCGAGCAAAAGGCUCAGCAGGAGGUGCUGAAGCGGCGUCGGCUGCGAACGCGGUCGGUGAUGCAGCUGCCGUGUGAGGGCCUCCGGUGGCAUCUCGCGAAGCUGGCGUUCGGCUUGUGGCAGGAUGUUGCGAAGCAGACUCGCACCCAAAAGGACUUGGAGCGGCAGCUGUCGGAGAGGGAAAGUGCUCAAAUUCAACUCGGCAGCGGCCGCAAGGAACUCAAGACGAUGCAGGCGACUGCGGCGGAAGAAGAUGCAGCCUGGGAGUCUGAACGUAGCAACUUACAUGAACGACUUCAACACCUACAGGCCAGGCAGCAGGAAUCCAAGAAGCAGUUGCAUGCGAUGCUGGACAAGCGCUCUCAGCUGGACUUGUGCUCAGUUGGUUGUGGUUAG